AUUUGCUGUAAACAUCGAAUUAAUUUCUACGAAGCACGCGUAUAUACAGACAGAUUUGGAUGGUAAAAAUAUUUUACCCAAAUGUAUAUUUAAUUAAUUCUGAUAAUACGUACGAAUUAUAUCAUCAAUACAGUUAAUAGUAGGCUGCGGUGGAAGUGUUCAACAAAUUUUCAAGAUCAACAAUGGCUUUAAACGUAGCAUUCAACGUAAGCGAUGCAAUAACUUUGGAUGAUGACACAUUCCACGAAUUCGAAGAAGAAUUUUACUACAAUCAAAUUCAACAGAGCUUGUCCACGUUUCAGCUGGUUAUGGAUAUCAUCAAAUUUAUCCUGUGCAUCGUCGUAGUAAUCACCGAUAUCUACUUAAUAGUGGUGAUGAUGAGAAAUAAAAGAUUGAGGGCCUGUAAAGCUAACAAAUACGUAAUGAAUUACGCGAUUUUUAAUUUAAUACCGUUCCUUGCUCUGCCAUUUUUUGCAGUUAUCUUGGCACUGUUACGUUCCGCACCUUUUGAAAGUUGGACCAUAUUCUGCUUGGAGAAACAAGUCGAAGAUUGCUGUAUGAUCGGUGCAUUUUUGUGCAGCUUCGCUUUAGCUUUCGAUUGGUUAAUAACCGUUUAUUAUAACUCGAAAGUGAACCAAAUCAUUAUCAAAAUUCACACUUAUUCCUUGCACAUAAUUUACGCUUUAGUUAUUGUUCUAGUGGUUUUAUACACUUUGUUAUGCUUGAGUUAUGAUUUUUUUAACGUUGUUUUCAAUACUAUUAUUUACGUUAUUUCACUAAUAUUUAUACUAAUUUGUAACUAUCUAAAAUUGAAAAUUCCGAAUCCAACCAGCAAGAAAAUGUUUUCCCUUAACGUAGCGACAAUAAUGAUGCUCUGUUGGUUGCCUCUUUCCCUCUACCAUUUCAUGGGCUCUUUCUUUCAUCUAUCGUACACAUUGAGUUAUUUAUUAUUAGCCACUUAUUUCAUACCGGAAAUAUCGUCAUUCUGCAGUCCUAUAAUCGUCGUUUUCCUAGUGAUAAAACUAAAUAAAUAUUACAAAGUCGCGUUUAUUCAGUCCUGCUGCUGCAUUUCGAACCGAAAUUACAGCGGAGACGAUGAGAGUUUCAUGGAAGAUGAUGAAGAUGACAAGGAAAACGUCGAUGAUUUGACCAACAAUGCGGAAAUAUCGUUAAGUGUAAAUUAGAGAGAUAAUAAAAUUAAAGAUAACGUUAAUAUUAUAAAGUAGUCAUGUAUUAAUUUAUUGUUUGUGUUAACUGUGAUAUGUUUUUCUUCAAAAGUUUCGAGGAAUUCGAAGACGAAGAAAAGGAAAUCGUUGAUGAAUAAUCGUAUUAUUGUAUCAGACUUCUCUUAAGUAGUUUUUUUAUCUUACUCAGGAUAAACUCUUAAUUUCUAGGGAAGUUAUUGUUGUAUCCAAAAAUGGUGAAGGUUCGACCAUCAUGCAUCCAUUUAUACAUCAGACGAAUAAUGUUAAUAUUCUUAAUAAAUAUCUAUACAA